CCAUAAUCACACUGCCAAAAGAUCAUUCGUCGCAAUUGGCGGAUCCGACGCUCCGCACUCUAAUUGCGCUUAUCUUCGCCCAUCGGAACUGCUCCAACUAUCAUCCAAAAUCACUGCACACUACAAUGUUAUCCGUGCAUUGGUGUUCCAGGAGGUUUAUAUGGUUGUAAGGAGAAAGAAAACUACAAUCCACUUAAAUGCUAAGGAAAGCACAACAGUGAGGGAGGUGAAGAUGAUGAUCGAGGGAAUCCUGAAAGUACCUCCUUCAGAUCAAAUGUUGUACAAGCACCAAACCGAAAUGGAGGAUGAGAAAACUCUCGGCUUCUACAAUCUGAAUGCUCAAACGGCUAGAGCCCACACCCCAGCCACACUGGGAUUGUGUUUAAGAGACAAAGCAACGGAAAAGUUCGAAGUGUUGGACAUUACGCCGUAUUCCAACCCACCAGAAUUACCGGAAGUAAUGCGAUGCCAGGAGAACAUGGCACCUCAGCCUGCACAAGAAGUCGCUGCCGGUGGAAAGCAGUAA